GCCACUUGGGGGGACGAACGGCCCGUGCCCCCUCUCCGCCCGGGUGGCUGAGCGCAGGACCCUAGUGCCAGGGCCGAGAGCCGCGGGUGAUGGGGCGGGAGUGUGGCACCCGAGGCCCGGGUCCUCCUGGGGGUGCCGUGCGUGGCGCUGACUUCCACCUUCCUGCGUCCACGCUGCCUGCCGCGCGGUGCGAAGCUCCCCGCGUGGCCUCGCGUGUGGUCUCCGGCCCCGCGCCGCCCAGCGUGUCCCCGCGGGACCCGGAUCCGGGGCACUUUCGUUGCGAACUGCCAGGAGGGCCCUGAGUUGACUCCUCUUUCGGAUGUGGGGAAUGAUUGUCACUGGACAGACCGCCUCUGGCACGACGGGAAGCCUCGCUGUCACUCGGGAAGGGACGAGAAAACGACAGGCUGGUGGCACGGGCGGCGCAGUCGGCGGCACAGGUAGCUCAGGUCCAAGGGAACCAGAUGUAAACGGCAGUGCCGGGCUUGAGCAGAACCCACCCUCCUUGGCCUGCGGAUUAAAGUUGGCUGGGUCUUCUUUUAACAAACUCAAUCGAAAGAACAGGCUGCAUGUGUCGAGGCUCGACGCGGUGCCUGGGAGCGCGGCCGCCUGCGACUGUGGCCUGGAUUCGCGGGAACUGAGUCUCGGGUCACAGCGGGGAGCGCUCGGCUGCGCCCCGGGCCGCCAGGCCUCCUCUCUCCGAGAGCUGGGACCUAGAUGCUUCGCUCACGGUCGUGGAGGGCGUUCAGGCCUGUGGAGCGUCUCGGUCCGGACGUACACUUGGCUUCUGUUGCUUUCAGUUGCCCUCCAAGCUGGAUUUAAAGAGAAGGGCCGGCACGCAGGGCCAACCGGUGGCCGAUGCCUUUGGAACAAGUCGGCGUGGACAUGCCCGUUUCAAGGAGCUGUGGUUUCCUGGAGGCCAAGCUCUGGGAAACGGCAGAAACGCGCGCGGGCUUGGGCUCCGGGUCCUCCCCGGAAAGCGGCGGCGGCGCAGGCCAAGGCGCCCUCCACCUCCGUCCUGGGGCUCCCGGGAGCCGGGCAGGCUGAGCGGCGACGCGGCCCGAAGUCGUGCGCGCGGGCGGCGAGGGGGCGCUGUGGCCCGCGGCUGCCGCCUCGUCCCCAUCGCGGUGGCCCCGGCGCUGUCCCCGGCCACCGACGGGCGGCGGGCUUCCCGACCUGCCUCCUCCCACGUCGGUUUGAUUCGGGGAAGAAGGACAAUAACCCUGGAGCAUUUCAAUAA